GUGUAGUGACGGACAUAUUAAACGCAUGCGCGAUACACGUGCUUACUAUCAUAUAAUAAUGCUUUAUUCAUUUUCUGCUAAUUGUAGUUUAGUUUCUGUGGAAUAUUUCGAAAAUAAAGUAAUACAAAUAAGAAUUAAAAAAAUAUCAAAACACAAGAGUUCACACUGUAUUUAUACUUAAUUUUGAUCUAUUGUACUAGCAAUAAUAACUAAAUUCGAAUAGUGAGAUCAUGAAUCAAAGAUCGAAUUCGGUAGAGAUUCGGGAUUUACAAGAUAUUCAAACACCUUUUGGUGUACGUUUAGCAGGCAUUUAUAAACGAAGUUUUGCUUAUGUAACACUUAAAGACAGAUUACCAGUAAUUUUAACCAAAAUAAUUGAUACUUUUAGUCGUGAUAAGGAAAAUAUUAUUGAAAAAUAUGGAGAGAAUGCUAUAGAAGAAGUUAAAAAAAUGAUAGGAUUUAUUAGUAAAUUAAAAAAUGAAAUAGCAACAAAUAAAACUUUAAAACCUAUGCGAUUAUUUAAGAAUUCAAAUAAUGAUGCAGAAGAAUGGAAUAAAUAUUUAAUAAAGAGAACUGAAAUAGAAGGAGAAACACCAUUAUGGUUUAAUACUCUUUGGCUAUAUUGUGAAUGCUAUAUGUACCGGAUUCUUGCACAAGAACUUGUUCUUACGAAUUGCAUAAAAACUUAUGAUCCUUUUAAACAAUCAAAACAAAAUGCAUUUACAAAUUCCUUGAGUAGCAUAGAAAUACUUUGUAGUUAUGUUAUAGAUGUUAUAUAUAAUAAAAGAAAUUUAUCAAUAAUGGAAACUAAAGAAGAAUUUAUGAAAUUUAUUAAGUUUGAUCUUUGGGGUAACCAAUGUGAUCUAUCUUUAAGUGCAGGAGCAGAUGUUGGUCAUGCUACUCAUCCUAUACAAAUAUUAAAAUUAUUAGAUGAAGAUAUUCUUGUAAAUAAUUCAGAAUUUGUUUGGAAUUUAUUGAGAAAACCAGACAAAAAUAAUAUAAAUAUUGUAGAUAUAAUACUUGACAAUGCAGGAUAUGAACUUUUUACUGAUUUUUGCUUAGCUGCAUUCUUAAUUGCAAUCAAAUUUGCUGAUAAAAUAAGAUUUUACCCAAAACUUUAUCCAUGGUAUAUUAGUGAUGCAACAAUAAAUGAUAUUCACUGGACUAUAGAAUAUAUGAAAAAUGCGCCAAAUAAAUGUUUACAAAAAUUUGCUGAUUUGAUAGAAAAUUAUUUAAACAAUAAUAUAUGGACAAUUGAGAUUGAACCAUAUUGGACAGGUCCUUAUGAUCUUUUAGGAAUGAAAGAACAUGAUCCAAAAUUACAUGCAAAAUUAUCAGAAGCUAAAUUAGUAAUAUUUAAAGGUGACUUAAAUUAUAGAAAAUUAGUAGAUGAUAUUAAUUGGGAAUAUACAACAACGUUUAAAAAAGCAUUAAGAGGAUUUGAACCAACACCUAUCUUAGCUAUAAGAACAGUAAAAUCUGAUGUUUGUGUUGGCUUACUACCUGGUGUAGCAGAAAAAAUAUUUAAAGAAGAUGAAUAUUGGAUGUGGAGUGGAAAAUAUGGACUUAUUCAAAUUACUACAGCUGGAAAUUGCCAAUGUCUAAUGAACGAAACAAAUUAAAAUUCUAAUAUAAAUCCUAAAAUAUUAAAUUAUAA